CGGGCCCUGUAAUUGGCUGGAUUCUGGAACUCCUUGCUGGCAUUCUGGGUUGCUUUUUAGAGAGAAGCACUAGCACCCCUGAACUUCUUGGGUAGGAAGCACCAGUUUGGCGGGUCUGAAAAGACUUGGAGAGGGACCAUGUCAUCAGCUUGCAAGACUCCCCAUAGAUCAGAGCCAAUGCCAGAGAUCAUAGUGAAAAUCAUUGGAAGUAAACACGUUCGAUACUUCGUGGAAAAGACAAAGAUCAAGCAGAAUGAGAAGUUGAAGACAGAAGAGCCUCAAACCACACUCCAGAAACCCAGGGCUGAUUAUGCAAGGCAGGUGAGCAGAGACCUGACUGUCCCUUCUGAUCAGCAAACCACUGCUAACCCAGCUGAUAAGGAAGACAGUAAGCAUCUAGGCAGCAGCCAAAAACCAGAGAGUGAUCAAAAGUUCUUCACAGGAGUAUCCAGUAACAGAUUCCCGGAUGGCAGGAUUUCACAAGAUGCAAAAGUCUACUGUAGCUCUGUACCAACUGGAGACCAGACUCUUUCCUAUAUACACGGUCUCCCCAGAAGAAAGUCUAGAGACUGGUCCUUGGAACAUAUAACAAAGGACAGCUCUGGCCAAACUGAGGAAAUUGUCCAAAGGCCAAGUAUAACAACAAAAGAAGAUGAUUUUCUACUCACUUUGGUCAGAAAAGAACUCAAGUCAUACCCAUUGAACUCCAGCCUGUGGGACAAACUUCUGAAAGAGCUGAAGACUCUGGACCCCAUUGCUUCAGGGUUUCUCUUCCAAUCACAGCUGAGCCACCUGUUCCUAAGGCUUGAAAUCCCUCUGCAGUUACCAACAGUGAAGCUCCUCUGCCAAAGAUUUGCCAGAAAGGAUUCUUCUGAAAUGGUGAAUUAUGAAGAUCUACUUUGGUUUUUAAAAGGGGCAAGUUCAGAUAAAUUGGAGAAAAAUGGAAAUGCUGUAUACAAUAACCCAAGGAAAACUCCAAGCCAAUGCCAACAUAGACAAAGCACACCACCUCAAGGUUCUGGCUUACUAUCGGAAGUGAACAAGAGCUUGCUGGAGAUUUUGAAGAUGGCACUAAGAACAUGCCAAGGCAAAUUCAACAUAGACAACCUCAACCUGAGCCUUCGCAAAGAAGAUCAGUCAUUUUCUGGCUGCCUCCCUCUGCCUAAGGUCAGAGCUAUAUGUGGCAGGCAUGGACUGUAUCUAACCUUGACCCUGCUAGAAACAUUGCUUAACCAUCAAGAUUUGGGUUACCAAGGUGAAAUAAAGUGGCAGAACUUUGUUAAGUGGCUGAACAGGGCUUCUUCUAGUAUGUUGUGUGACUUGCCUGUAGGAAACAAUGAAAAGGAAACCCCAGGGGACUUGGUUGAAAUCCCUGAGAGACCCCAAAGCAAAACUGAACAUGUGAAAGCUCCAGAAGAGAAUCUGUGGUCAGAAAAGCCUACCGCUAUGACUUCAGCCCGACAAGUUUCUGUGAAGUCCUUUAAGAACAGGCCACACUCACAGCCUGUUUUGAGUCCAGCCAUGGGGAAGGAGACUGAACAAUCUGACCUGUGGAUAGACAGGUUCAGGAAGCUGGAGAGCGCCCUCUACUUGUGUGACCUGAGCAACACAGGAGUUCUGGAGAAGGAGAGAGCCAGACGCCUCAUCCAUAACUACAAUCUCAUAUACAACUUGUCGCUGAGUCCUCAGAGAAUUGACCAGGCCUUGAGGAGAUUCCGUUCUGGAGAAAACAUAAUCUUGGAGCCAGCACUGGGUUACUUAAAGGAGCUGUGAGAACAAAGGAGCAGAUGUUUCUUUCAUCUCCCCUUGUGCUUCUUCCCAGUCUGAGCACUGGGGACAGAGGCUUUGUUUGAGCUGAGACAGAUGUAGCUGUUAUAGUCACUUUUGGCUUGGACUUGGCUAUGACAAGGAGCUGUUCAUAAUGAUCAGUUUUCUCUUCCCUUAUAACAAGAGUCCAAUCACUCAAAGCUCCCUUCUCUUCUUAUAGUGUUCAUUAUCCAUGUGUUUGACCUUUUUUUCUACAUUGCUGACAAGCUGUUUUUGUAAACAACAUGAGUCAAUGUGUCAAAAAGUAUACAGAAUGUCUGAUGCAUAGUACACCUCACUAGGUAUUUUUGUUGGGUUUGGUUUCAAGACAGAGUCUAAAUACAUAGUCCAGAUUGACCUUAAACUUGUAAUCUUACUGCCUCAGAUUCCUGAGAGCUCCAAUACACAAUUUCCCAUUAGGUAAAUAGGUUCAUAUGCCAGUCACUAUUCUAGGAAGGAUUUUCACUAUAAGAAAAGUAAAUGUAUUGACAAUGAACAGGAAGCAGGAUGAUAAUUUCAAGUUAGUAUUUUCUAUGUAAGUGCAGCAUCUUCUUCAGGGCAAUGUGGGUAGUGUCUCCAGGGAUAUUUCCCAGAGUCCCCAAGAGAAGUUUCAAGGAAGGAUAACUGGGACUGGGCUCCAGGAGCAUGCUAUGCUCUCUCAGGGCAGGAAAACCUGGUAAAGUCUCUACCAACCAUGGAGUUGUAUAUUGAACAUAUUCUCUGGAUAUUCUCUUCCUAAGUACAACAGAGAUAGCCAUAGGUUCACUGAAUGAAGACUUUAGAGAUAAGAUGCCUCCAGAGCCACCACUAAUUCGAUCACUAAUCUACUGAUCUGGAUGCUAGCCUUGAAUAUUAUAGGGAAUAAGAUGAAUAAGUUGGACCAUAUCAGAGAACAAUCAAACAAAAUGACCUCUGACAAUGCCAUAUUUUUCAUUUUCUAGUGAGGUUUCUCUUGACAUCUCACAAACAAACUUCCAAGAACAAAAAACCUCUAAAUCCAUUAAGAUAAAUUCUUUAAUUUUUACCAACUUAACUUCUGGAACUCCUAGAUAUGUCUUAUAAGUCAAUAGAGUAAAGACAGAAAUAGCUUUCUCGCUCUGUCAACUUGCUAAGUAAAGAAAAUGAGGGUUUUAGGUCUCAUGGUUCAGUACACCUACUAAGCACCAGAAGUUGACACUUCGUUUCCCCAAUUUUGAUAUCUCAGUAAGAUGUCUCACAGGUCCAUUGACAGAUAAGCAACCAGGCUUAGAAAAGUAAAAAGUAAGAAAGUUCCAGACAGUGUACCAGGAGUUCUGGACCCUGGUAGACCCUUUAUCUCUGGUCAGGUGGGCAGGAGAGGCAGCAGGGAUAGAGGGAGCUCUAAAACUGAUUUGAGAUUGGAUUAAUAAACUAAAUCAUAAUCCUCAAAAGCAAGAGUUUUGCCUUGCCCAGUAUUAUCUAUCCCCAUCCAAAAGAGUGCUUGACUAUGGCCUUAGUAACCAACUGAUGUAAAUUGAUGGGGAUCAUUUUAUAUAGACUGCAUUUUAAUAGGUGUUCCCAGAACCACGCGACUGCAGGUAGAUUACAAUCAGAACAUCCAUAGUAUUGGCUGAAAGAGUAGAUCUUCAUGGAGGGAAAGCAUGAACAAAUCAUAACCCACAGUUUCUACCCUCGCUAUUCAGAUUACACCAAGAAUAGAAGAGGAACAGGCUCUAAGAACAGCUAAAAGCCAUUCAAUAUACAGUUGCUUUAGCAGUGUCUUAAUCUCCCUACACUUAAGUUUCUUCAUCUACAAGAAGAAAAUAAUUUAGACUUCCUUGUAAGAGUGUGAUAAACACUAGAAGCAAUGCCAUUUUUACAACUCCUUGCAUGCAGGAAACAUAAACUCUCAAAAAACAAAAACUGAACAAAUGGUCUGUGUGGAGUAACAGAGGGGAGUCAUGCCAUUACCAUGCCAAAACAACUUUUGAUAUUUAUUUUGUUCUUCUAGUUCCAAAUAACAAUUGCUUUUGAAUCAUUACCUCCCUAGAGUUCUUCCCUGCUUUACUUCCAAGUUCUGUGUGUGUGAGUGUGUGUGUGUGUGUGUGAGAGAGAGAGAGAGAGAGAGAGAGAGAGAGAGAGAGAGGCCACACACACGUGUGUUGUUUUAAAACAAAUGGAGACAUGAAGAGACCUGAAGUAGUGUGGGGGGAGGGGGAGUGGAUCUGUAAAGUGCUACAGGGAGGAAAAUGGGUAAAUAUGAUCAUUAUAUGUUGUAUGAAAUUCUCUAAGAAUUAAUAGAGUGUAUGUUACUUAAAAGAACAAUAAGACAGGCUUUAUUUUGAACUAUCACAGUGGCAUAGAUAAGAGAUAUUGACCUCAACUCCAAUAUGCUAAGAGGAAAUAGGAACUUACAGACAAUGAUAAAAAGGCAGGGGAUGAAUACAUGGAAAAGAGGCAUCAGAGAUGCUGAUGGGGGUUCUGACUAAAACUAUCUGAUAUGAUUCCAAUUGAAGUCAGGCCACAUGCCCAUAGGAUGGUUAGAGUUCUGGCAAGAAGGGAAUGUUGUGUGUGUGUUUGUCUGUCUGUUUGUCUAUGUGUGUCUCUCUGAGUCUGUAUGUGUUAUGUGUAUAUAUCCAUUACUUUUGUCUAAGUAAAAAUUAAAGAAACAAAAUUUAACUUCAGAGAGAAGCAUAUUUAUCAUGGUAACAAUGUGACGGUAGAGGUUAUAUGAAGUCUGCUAUGAACACAACAAAUGAACAGAAGUAUCAAUAGGCUAUGAUGUCAUUAAGAAUGUCAUUGUGACCUCUGUUGUUUUCUAUUAUUCUCAGAUAUUUGCAUGUUGCAUACUCCCUGUGUGUCAUUGUGGGAUUUUAAUAAACAUGGAGAAGUAGAA